ACUGGCAGCCCUGUCCUUCCGAGAGAGACCCACUCCAGAUUCUCCUCAGGCUGGGGGAGGGGGAUAGGGGUCUCAGAGGCAACACCGGCCCCACAGAGGGGUGCCAGGCGUACCAGACAGUACCCCUAGCUUACUUUCCUCUUCCCUCCUUUUAUUCUCAAGUUGUUUUUAUUUCUCCCUCGCGUAACGCCCUUCUUCCCUUCUGCACCGGUGCCCGCACCCCCAUCCUCCCCGUCACCUCCUUGCCACCCCACUUCUGAGGCCACAGCUGUCAGCAGUAUCCCCAGCUCAGGCUGGCCUCCUCUCCUUCCUCAGUAGCCCCCAAAGGGCCCCGGGGCGACAUGGGGGGCUCCGCUCGAGAGCCGGCACUCUCAGUUGCUCUCUGGUUGAGUUGGGGGGCGGCUCUGGGGGCUGUGGCUUGCGCUAUGGCUCUGCUGACGCAACAAGCAGAGCUGCAAACCCUAAGGAGAGAGGUGAGCCGGCUGCAGAGGACCGGAGGACCCUCCCGGAAGGGGGAUGGGCAGCCCUGGCACAGCCUCUGGGAGCAGAGCCCCAAGGACCUGGAAGCCUGGGAGAAUGGGGAGAAAUCCCGGAGGAGGAGAGCAGUGCUCACCCCAAAACAGAAGAAGAAGCACUCGGUGCUGCACCUUGUUCCCGUUAACAUCACCUCCAAGGAAGACUCUGAUGUGACAGAGGUGAUGUGGCAACCAGCUCUCAGACGUGGUAGAGGCCUGGAGGCCCGAGGAUAUGUUGUCCGAGUCUGGGAGGCUGGAAUUUAUCUGCUGUAUAGCCAGGUCCUGUUCCAUGAUGUGACUUUCACCAUGGGUCAGGUGGUAUCUCGGGAGGGCCAGGGAAGGGAGGAGACGCUAUUCCGAUGUGUACGGAGUAUGCCCUCCAACCCUGACCGGGCCUACAAUAGCUGCUACAGUGCAGGUGUCUUCCAUUUAUACCAAGGGGAUAUUCUGAGGGUCAUAGUCCCCCGGGCAGGGGCCAGACUUAGCCUCUCCCCACAUGGCACCUUCCUGGGGCUUGUGAAACUAUGACUGUGCUAUGAAAGGCGGGUCUGAGCUUGGAAGACCAGGGUGGGUAUAUGCUGGAGACAACCAGCUGACCAGACAGAGGACUGGGAAUGAGCAGGAGCAGAGGCCUUUUCCUGGGAUGACUUCAUGACUCUCCGUUCCUCCCUUUUCCCUUUCCUCCCCCACUCCCAGACCUAUGAUUUCAUGGAUAUUAAAGAGCUAGAAGAUCUUGAUUUUAUGUGCCAUCCCGGGGGAAGGGGGUCAGUCAUUAUCCAGACCUGCUAUGGGUCUCACUGGAUGCUUCCGGAACAGCACUACCAUCUAGCGGCAGUUUGAGGGAAUCAUCCUGCCUAUUGGCAGAAGUCCACGAAACCUCCCCUCCCAACUCUCAGGAAAGCCCCUAGUGCCUCUUCGCACUCUAAAGAAGCCUCACUCUUACCUUGCCGGCCACUAUCUUCCAUACAUUUCCACCUCGCCAUCUAUUGAGUAUGUUUCCCUCCCUAUCUCCAGAGGUGUAUUUAUUAUACACCCGUUUGCUGGCGGUGCCCGACAACGGUCCCUUCGCAGCCACAUUACUUUUCGGGUCCCAAAUUUUGCCUUUCAUGCUCUCCACUCCCCUGGCGUGGCAGGUCACUCCAAGCCCCUCUGGGCUAGGACUGGUCCCCCGGGAGCCCUGGAUGGAUCGCACGGCCUGGUGCUGGUCUUGCGUUACUACUUGGAGCUGUCCUUUCUACUCAAGCCUUGCUCAAAAUUAAAUAAAAGGGAAUGAAUGAGACUCCGGAUUCAUUUCCCCCACUGCCUCGCCUCAGUCCUACUCCUGUACCGGCAUUUCCCUGUCCUCCCAGCUUUCCUCUCGCGCGUCCCACUGGACGAAGGUAUUCGGGCGGUCCCAGGAUCAGAACCACAA